CUUCUCGGAGCGUGAAAAUGGCGGUUGCAUUCAUUAUCAUACAGUAUUCAAUGAAGCUGAGAAUGAGACGUUGUUUUCUGGUUGGCCUACCAUGUGGUUCUUGGGAGCUCUUAAAUAUCGAUAUCUUUGAAAACCGUUUUAUUCUGGUGCAACUUCGUGUCCAUUGACAAAGCCUCGUCAUGAUGCGUCUCACUCUCUUCGUAGUUCUCGUGUUGUGCUUUGACGCUGCUCAUUCGAUGCCUUUAGAGAACGAUGACGAAUGCAAGGACCAGUACGCAAGCGCCGACUGCAAGAAAGCUAUCGGUGACGACAAAUGGUUCUGCGAGGAUAACAAAAACUUUAUGUUGGUGUAUUGUAGAAUGAGCUGUGGAUACUGUGUCCCCAAGCCUUCAUCUCCAACGAAAGACUGUGUGGAUAGUUUCGGCCAGAAAAUGUGUGAAUGGCUCGCUCAAAACAAUGGAUACUGCAACUUCAAAAAGUCAUUCAUGGAGAAGAACUGUAGGAGAUCUUGCGGAUUCUGCUAGGAAAUAUGACAAUCACUGUCGAGAUGCGGAUGCUAGCUAACAUCAGCAGAUAUCUGUCUUCGUUCUGUUAUUUGAAAUAAAACUUGUAUACUCA